AGCCCGGCGGAAUUGUUGUGAAACUCAUAUCACACCAACGCCGCAAGACAUUUAUCGCUUUACUGAUAGAUUACUCUGUUUUGUAAAGCAGAAAUAUGUCUAUAUUUACACCAACAAACCAGAUCCGACUCACAAAUGUGGCGGUGGUGAGGAUGAAAAAGGGAGGAAAACGAUUUGAAAUCGCCUGCUACAAAAAUAAAGUGAUGAGCUGGAGAUCUGGAGCAGAGAAGGACCUGGAUGAAGUGUUGCAGACCAGUUCUGUUUUCAAUAAUGUUUCCAAGGGUCAGGUUGCCAAGAAAGAUGAUCUGUCAAAAGCCUUUGGAACAGAUGACCURACAGAGAUAUGCAAACAAAUUUUAGCUAAAGGAGAACUCCAGGUUUCAGACAAGGAGAGGCAGAGCCAGUUAGAGACGAGUUUCAGAGACAUUGCAACCAUCGUGGCGGAGAAGUGUGUGAACCCAGAGACCAAGCGACCAUACACAGUCAACCUCAUAGAGAGGGCCAUGAAGGAUAUCCACUACUCUGUCAAGGCCAACAAGAGCACCAAGCAGCAGGCUUUGGAGGUGAUCAGGCAGCUGAAGGAUUCCAUAGAGAUCCAGAGGGCCCACAUGAGGCUGAGGCUGGUGCUGCCGGCCAAGGAGGGCAAGAGGCUGAAGGAGAAACUCAAACCUCUCCUCAAGGUGGUGGAAAGUGAAGACUUUGACGACCAGCUAGAGAUGGUAUGUCUGGUGGACCCAGGCUGCUUCAGGGAGAUAGAUGAGUUGAUCCGCUGUGAGACGAAAGGUAAAGGUUCCCUGGAGGUGCUCAGUCUGAAGGAUGUGGAAGAGGGAGACGAGAGGCUGGAAUAACCUUCACACAGAGCACUAUAGGACUACAUACAUACACUAUCUUACCACCACCGUUGCCACACAAACUGCAAACCCUUCAUUAAAGAGACCGCUAUUUCUAAUACCAAUGGAUCCCUUCUUAUUUCCAGCCUCUGUUUAUUUGAAGAUAAUUAUUUAACUGAACAGAAUAUAUUUUUUCCUGCCCUACGUAAAAGUACUGGAUGUAUAGUCUCUCGUGACAGCUGAUUUGCUUCUGGGUGUCGAUUGCUGGAUGUGUGACCUCUUGCAAGUUGCAUGACGCUUUAGCUGAAAGUUGAUGGAAACCUGAACUCAAACAUUGAGAUGCUCUGUAUUUCUUUAGUUUACAAAACAAGUUUGAGACUUGUCGGGUAUUGUAUAUUUCACCAGUAUUUCACUUCAUAUUAUGAGUUUUGGCAAACACUGACAAACCAUUUUCAAUCAUUAUAUUGACCCAUGCAACAUCUAAUGCAGCUUGUGCAAGUUAA